AUGGUCACUCUCAACGUCCUGGGAUUGAACUGUGGCACCAGUGUGGAUGGUAUUGAUGUUGCUCAUUGUCGUAUAUCUUCCAUUCCAUCGUCACGGGACGUGAAAAUCGAACUUCUCUCGUACACAGAAGUCCCAGUCAACCCAGAUAUUCGCUCUCAGGUCCUUCGGCUAUGUCGCCCUAACGCCGGACCUAACGCGGCUACCUCUAUGGCUGAAAUAUGUGACCUCAAUUUCGAGCUAGGAAGAGAGUUUACACGGGCAAUCGAGGAGUCCCAGGUGGAUCUGGCCCAAGUCGACCUCGUCGCGAGUCACGGACAGACACUAUGGCACCAGCCUGUGGGGGAAAAGCGCUCGACGCUGCAGAUGGCGGAGCCUGCCGUGAUUUCCCAUGGCACUAAAAGGACAGUUGUCAGCGGGUUUCGGGUUGCUGAGCUAGCGGCCGGCCGGCAGGGUGCACCGUUGUCCGGCUUCUUCGAAGCUGGGCUCUUGUCUAAUCCUGAACUGACACGUAUUAGCCAAAAUAUUGGCGGCAUAGGGAAUGCAACCGUCCUCCCAGCCAGCAGUUCAAAGGCCGGAGAUUCUAAAUCAAAAUACUUCGCCUUUGAUACCGGGCCUGGAAAUGUCUUUAUCGAUGCUGCCAUGCGUCUUCUAACAAACAACAAGGAGCAUUUCGACUGCGAUGGAACACUCGGCGCCCAAGGCGAAACAGAGAUCGACAACUCAGUUGUCGAAGACUACUUGACUAGCGAGCCAUACUUCCAACUUCAACCGCCAAAAACCACAGGGCGCGAACUCUUCUCAGACGAUGUGGCUCGGGUACUUGUCGAAAAGAUGCAAUCAUCCGGCAAAACCCCUGCGGCCAUCAUUGCCACUGUCACCCGUAUCACAGCCGAGUCGAUCGCCAGAGCAUAUGAGAACAUCGUCUUGCCUCUUCUAGGCGAGGGUAGGAGGAACAUUGACGAAAUCUACAUCUGUGGUGGCGGGGCCUACAACCCCAACAUUCUCAAACACCUGAGGGCGCGCUUUCCCCAGAGUAGAGUUAUGAGGCUUGGCGAUGACGGUGGCCCUACAAAAUUGGACCCCAGUGCUAAGGAAGCUGUUUUAUUUGCGUUACUUGGUUUCCUGUGUGUUUGUGGCCGAAGCGUUCAUGUUGCAAUGGAUGCAGAGACGGCAGAGUCGACCGUUAUGGGUGUGGUUACCCCUGGAGAGAACUAUCGGCAUGUUAUGGAAAUGGUUGUUAGGGAUCAAGAAUUCGCGAAGGCGGGCAUCUUGGGGAGUAUUUUAAUGUGA